GCUGAUGAUGCUGAUGAUGCGAAUGAAGAGGAUAAGGAGGAAGUGGAGGAGGAGAAAGAGGAAGAGGAGGACGACCCUUUGAGGGAUCUGACGGUGACCGACGGACAUUGGCAACAGAGAAAGCGAGCUGCAUCCGAUUCAACGCCACGUUCUGUGCUCAAGCGCUUCCGAACGACUGGAACGCCGCUCGUCGCCAAGAAUGCAGCCGCAGACAUGGUGAGAGCUAGCAAGUCGGUGCCUAACCGGUCUGAGUUGGUCAGUUUUAGGCCUGUAGAGACGGCAGAAGCAGCAUGUCAUGAGUUUGUCAACUCUGUCGGCGUAUUUGAAGGGCCGCCGGCAGCCUCGAACCGAUUUGUCACCUCAUCUUCGGGUGUGAGAGAAAAAAAGGGCACUGUAGAAGAGGGAAGGCAAGAUAGAGCUAUGGAGGAACAAGGGGAUCAACGAGAGCCGGAGAUGGAAUCGGAGAAAGAAAUGGAAAGUAGAGAUACAAGGCAAGAUGGCAACACAAACGAGAAUGUGCAGCAGAAGGAAAACAAAGAAAUGCCGACUUUAAACGACGCAAAAGCGGGAGAAAUGUAA